AUGCUGGACAACUGCGCUUUCGAGUCAAGCGCAUAUCAUAUCGCAGAGAAUCUUCAGUGGUCAUUCGAUACCAGAGCGGAUGCAAAAGAUAUUCUCAUCCAACAAACCAUGGAGGACUAUGAGAGGAUUGCGAUGCAUGGAAAGUGGUUAUAUGUCCAGGAGUAUCAAUUCGAUAAUCAUGAGGAGGCCUGCGUGAACCUGGGUAUUGUUGAUCAGACAAACCCCCGAAUGAAGGGCAUGCAGCGCGGGCAAGAGCUAGAAUUUUGGCAGCCGGUCUGUAUCAAUCGUGUGGCCGAAAUGGUUCUCUACAGCUGUGAAUCUCGAAGCAAGCAUAUUCUCGCUAAGGAGAAUGAUGUUACCCCAUCUCCUAUCGGCUGA